CGCAAACACGAAAUCGAAUGUGAUUCUGAGUCUCCACUGGUGUGAGUGAGUUGCGUGAGUCUUCAUCGUUGAUUGUGCUUCCUGGAUUUCUAAAGUCUCCAAUUUUUCUAUUGAUUUCUGCUCAAAGAGUUGUUGGAACAAUGGGAAAAGACGCAAAGGCAGGAGGGAAGGGUAAGGGAAAGCAGGCAGCAAGUGGAAGUGAUGAGAAUGCUUCCAAGGGAAAAGGAAAAGGUGGGAAAGCUGCAGAUGGGCUUGGUACUUGCACCUAUGUCAAAGCAAGGCACGUCUUAUGUGAGAAACAAGGUAAGAUUAAUGAAGCCUACAAGAAGCUGCAGGAUGGUUGGCUUAGCAAUGGAGAUAAGGUUCCUCCGGCAGAGUUUGCAAAGGUAGCCCAAGAAUAUUCUGAAUGUCCAUCAGGAAAGAAGGGUGGAGACCUUGGUUGGUUUCCACGAGGAAAGAUGGCUGGCCCGUUUCAGGAAGUUGCCUUCAACACACCUGUUGGAGCUACUAGUGCUCCUUUCAAAUCAACGCAUGGCUAUCAUAUUAUCUUAUCUGAAGGAAGAAAGAACUGAUUACCAAAUAAGAAUGAAGCUGAGUUUCAACGGCAUUGGAGCACUUAAUGUUGUUUGGUUUAAAUGAUCGGAUGUUGCUUGCUUUCCUUCUGUGAUUGUGGUUGGUAAUGUAAACCAAUAAUGUAAACCAACACCUUACCAUAUGUAUACUGAUAUUGCUCUCCUAUGUGAAUGUGGAUGGUUUAAUUGCA